AUGACGGACACUGAAACAGCUGUCGAGGAAACAGACACAGCCGAGGAAAUGACCGACCAGGAGGCUCUUCUUUUGCUUUGGAACAGCUUCAAGCCACAGCCAACAGACUGCCGAGUGGACCUUCAGAAGGAAUGUACUGAUCGCUUCAACAAAUGCUUCUCCAAGUAUGGCCAACCAUUGCCUUUUCCUGAUGCAGUUUGUCUCCACAAGAAGUGCUAUGCAGCAGCCCUGGCAUCCCAUGAAUAUCUCAAGACGCUGCUUGAACUCCCAAGGCCUGAAAUCUUGAUCUCUGCAUGGGAAGUUACGAUUGUGGAUCGAGACAAAACUGGGGAAGGCAUUUCAGAGGACAUUGCAUUCACCUUGCGAGAGCUUUCUCUUAAUUAA